AUGGCACGCAAUAUGAGGGAAGAGUCUCCCCGCGGGAGCUCAACACUGGAGUCCGGCCUGUCACCCCCGGCCAUCCACCCGUCUUUUAUACAGGUGGCCAAUCCAUACAUAUUCGAACAGACAAUUGAAAACUGCAUCGAGGCGAUGAGCGUUAAUCCCCUUCGCGAAACUUCAUUGCGUCUUCAAGGCGUGGCGUGGAUCGACAGCGUGCGGAGAGCCCUCAACCUUCCCAUUCGCACUUUUGACACAGCAGUGGGAUAUUAUCACCGAUUUCGAUUGGUGCACCCAGACAAUGAGUAUAAUUUCACAGAUGCUGCGGCUGCGGCUUUGUUCACAGCAUGCAAGAUCGAAGAUACGCUCAAAAAGUCGCGAGACAUCGUCUGCGCUGCGUACAACUUGAAAUUGGCGCCCUCAGAGCACUUAUCGGCUGAUGAUCCCAUGUUUGAAUCCAAUGCGCGUGGUAUCAUCGGUCUCGAACGACUCAUGUUAGAGGCCUCUGGUUUUGACUUUCGAACCCGGCAUCCCCAUAAGACCCUCAUGAAGCUGAGUCGGCAUUAUGGACUACAACAAAACUCCGAAGUCUCCAAUCUUGCCUACCGCAUUUCGUCGGAUCUUUACCGCACAUUCGCACCCAUCAAACAAAGCUCAUCAACGAUGGCCUUUAGCUGCCUUGAGCUUGCAGGACGACUCUUGGACCAACGUGUCGAACAAGUGGAGUCCGGACUAGACUAUGCACAGUGGAGCACCAGCCGAGCAGAAAUCAUGGAAACUCUCUUCGACCUCUUAGAACUCUACACCCACCACCGCUCCCUAACUGCCGUCGGCUCGGAAUUCCCAGCAGACCGGUUCCUAACAGUCCGCAUCCCGCUCAACCAAGAAGCCAGCGAACACCACAUCCCGCGCUACCAGCCGUGGAUCGGCCAGCCAGGCAAACCAUCCAACGGCACUGGCGCCAAAGACCAAGAUACUCCGCGACCUGCUCAUCCCUUAACACCAAUUGCCGCGAACGGGGACCGCCAGAGGACAGGCGAGCGAGGCCGUGAUGCUGCCGUGCGAUUCAUGCUCGAUCCCGCAUGUGCGGAUACGGAAAGGCGACAGGUCGCGGCAUACUUCAAGGUUGAAAUGGAAGAAUAUGAAGUCGAUUGGUAA